AUGUGCACUUGCAUUGCACUUCCUCUACAGACAGUUGGAGUUACUUUGUGUCAAGAACGGAUGCAUCGUGGAAUCCCAAAGCCAAGGUCAAGGAGCAGUUUGAGGAUUGGUCUACCCCGAAAUGAAAAAUUUGGGAAAGAAAGUUUGUUUUAUGCUACUUUUGCUGUGGUUUGGGCGACAUGGGCAGAGUGGAAUGCCAGAGUUAGAGGUGGACCCAAGGAAUGGAUCAUUACCGAAGUCAAAAGACUGAUUUAUCAAUGGGCUGGAAAAAAUUAUACUAACGUAUCGGAAAAAGAAGAUAUGGAGAUUGAAAGACAACUCAAGAUUCUUAACAAACCACCAAUCAAGACGAUAAUUAUGGAACCAAGUUAUUUUGUUCGAGAAGAAAACAUUAGUAAGAUAAGUUCAUCUUCCACAAAGGAUUCAUCGGUGCAGAUUAAUGAGCUUCAUAAAGAAAUUAUGUGCCCAGAAAGAACAGUCCAUAUUCGAAGGACCACAAAGCGGGAACUGAUCUUUUCUAGUCUUAUAAAAAGGAGAAGAAAAACUUAUUCCAGCAACCCCAUGUAUCAUCACUACGUAUCUGUAGAAACACCUUAUAACGAAAAGAAAGAAUAUUAUGGAGCUAAAUCUAGCUUUGGAAUACAUAACCCAUAUGUAACUCGGAACCAAUUUAGUACAUCUCAAAUGUGGAUUCAGAAUGGGCCACGAGACAUAAUUAACAGCACAGAAACCGGAUGGGCAGCUGAUGGAUAUAAAAAUACAGGUUGCUUCAAUAUGUUUUUCCCUGGUUUUAUGCAGGAUAAAAAGAGUCAGAAUUGGUGGUAUUAUAUGGGAAAUGACGAUAAAACACCCAUUGGAUAUUGGCCAAAGGAGCUCUUCACUUAUCUUCCAUACGGUGCAUUAGUCAGAUUUGGUGGAGUAGCAGGUGCAGAGCUAAAUGUACCAAGUCCACCUAUGGGAAAUGGACAUUUACCGACAGACGCUUAUAUAAUGAAAGAAACGGGUUUUAUCCGAUAUUUGCAAAUCCUUGAAGAAAACGGAGGCACAAGUUAUUUUGGUAAUUCUGCAGUAAACAUGUACAAUUCAAUGAUAUUUGGGGGUCCUAGUGGUAAUUGCUUGUGA